AUGGCGUCUACGUUCUUCUCGACAACAUCCGACUCGGCAUUUGCCACUCGCCCUCGCAGCUCGACCACCAAGACACUCACCGACGCACCUUUUCUCACCGAAGCCGAGGAUCUCGAGAUGUCGUUUGCGUCGACAAUGUCGCUUAGCUCAGCACCCAACUCACCUCCUACCCACUCGUCCGACUUUCCUUCGGGCACCCAUUUCCUUAUUCCUCACCAGCAACACAAGAAUCCAUCGUCGCCGGUGCCUAUGGAUAUUUCCCCUGCUCCUCGUCGCAUUGCCUCAACUCUCAGGUACACUCCUUCGGACCGUGCAUCGACCACCAAGGGCCUAACUGGCAGUGCACUCGUCAAGGAGCUCCUACGAUCAUUUGGCCAGGAUGUCGCCAACACUUCCCACAACUCGGCAACCAACUCUUCAACUUCAACCGUACGUGACAUUCCCCGCAACAACAAGACACCCGUAAGCGCCAGUGUCAAGUCCAACUCGUCCCGUUCGCGCGGCACUCUUCCAAUGGGUUGGAUGCAACAAUCCGAAACCAUCUCGUCUCGGCUCGACUCCAAAUCUUCCGAGUCUUCGCGUCCUCAUCCUGUACGCAACCGUAGCCAAACGGUGGAUUUCACCCACGUGAACGAGGAAACUCACCACUCAACCGCGUCGGUCGCGUGGGAUAACGUAGUCACGUGCGAUGCGAUGGAUAUUGACGGUGAUGUCUCGCUCGCACACAGUGCUACGGCCCCGAGCUCCCCCAGUGGACCGGCUGGCUCCAGCUUCAACGAGCUGUUCUUCCAGCCCAGCUCUCCCAACAGCAAGCAUCAUGAUGACGAGCAUGAGGAAUUCCCCGAGUUUGAUCCUGAAGAGGAGAUUGCUCACCAAGAACAGAGAGCUGCCGACCUCGUUGCUUCGUCACCCGACAAACCUGCCCUCUUCUCGUCAUCACCUCCCGUGUCUCCAUCCUCCCGUCCUGUUCGACCAGGUCCUGGUGUUGGCCUUGGUCGACCAUUCGAGCGUUCGGUGACAACUGGUGGUCAAGGUAGCUUGUUCCAAACUUUAGCCGCAGGUCAGGCAUUGCCCAAACGUGGAAAUGCUUUCGCAUCCCGUCGCCCAGUUGUUCUCCAAAAUGAUGCUGCCACCAGCUCCACUGGCUCUCUUCUAUCCACUAGACCCGGUCAGCUUCAGCCUUCUCGUCGUGCCUUUUCAGCCUCGAUUACUAGCUCUGCGCUUGUCAUGGGCAACCCUAUCCUUGACAACCUUGGUUCGGAUGACUCGCACUGUGAUGAUGGUAGUCCUGCUCGUGCGUAUGCUACUCGCAAGGCUGCUGGGCCCCCCAUGCGUCGGUUGGCACCUCCACAGAAUGAAAGGGCAAAGCAAAGCAGUCCCCUCUCCAGGGUUGGCUUGCCUGGCUUUGGAGAUAACGAGGCUGAUGGCAAGAUCCUCCCUUGUCACCGCGUGCGUGAAGACGGUUUGAUGAGAAUCAAUUGUGAUACGAUCAACUCGUAUACCGUCAUCGACUGCCGAUUUGACUACGAGUAUGCAGGUGGCCAUAUCCCUGGUGCGAUCAACUUGAACACGACCCAGGCGAUCGAAGACUAUUUGCUUGGUGACAAUAAACCUGCUCCAAACCGAAGCGGAGAUGGACCAAGAAGGACGUUUUGGUCUUUCACUGCGAAUUUAGCGCCAAACGUGCGCCACCUUCAUCUUCGCUCUCGCGAUCGCGCGCUGAACAGUCAUUCGUAUCCGAAUGUUCAUUAUCCCGAGGUCUAUAUUAUGGCCGGUGGAUUUAAUCAAUACUUCAAGGAGAAACCGAGUCAAGUGGAGCCUCCGUUUUCGUACGUUCAAAUGGAUGAUCCGGUGCACUUGCGCGCCCGCCACAGCGACCUGAACAACUUCCGCCGAUGGGAACGCACCAAAUCUUAUACCUAUGGUGAAAAGCAGGCCGCGGCGGCAGCCCUUGCAUCUGGCAAGGCGCACAUGAAGCACAGCAGUGCACCCGCGGAUACCGGCAACUCACAGGCCCCAUCACGAAUGAAUGGCGGGACGAGCAAUCUGUCAACACUGGACGAAAACGACGACUCGAUUUACAGUCAUGAAGACGAUCUUAGUCCCUGUCCACCUUCGGGAGCCGCCAACUACCUUCGAUUGGCCGGCAAGUCUCGUGGGGCGCUCGAGCGUGCGAACUCGUUUGGGUUCGCCAUGACGAAACGGUAA